AUGACCAAGUUUUGUACUAAUCCUUUUCGUGCUGCUGACAACGAGAGGAGGUGUCAGCAAGAACCUCAAAAAGAAGAAUUCAGUGACUGGCCUCAUGGGCUUCUGGCAAUUGGGACGUUCGGGAAAAAUGAUGUGAAGGAAGAUCCAGAGAAGCACAAUCUUCAGGGGAGCCUGCCUUCCUCCCAAGAUCACCUGCAAGAUCUCACACCUGAAGAAGUGGGAAAACUUCAGAAAGAGUUGAAGUCAUUAUUGCAUAAACAAGUUUCAGCUGAACAUGGUUCAAUUCCAGAACUAGACAAUCCUAAUCUUCCAUUGGAUAAAAUUCUUGAUUCGUUGUCAAGCUGGGGAUUUGAUACAGCAACUAGCAAUGCAUCUACCAAUGAUUUGAAACAAAGAGACGACCGUCUACAGCGUAACAGCGGCCUAAUUAUCAGUAGAGGGAAAGAUGUUUGUUUGGAUGACAGUAAGAGUGCCAUAGCGAAAAAAUCAUUGUCUUUUCUUCUUAAAAAGAUGUUUAUUUGCAGAAGUGGUUUUGCUCCAACCCCCAGUUUAAAAGAUCCAGUUCCAGAGUCAAGAAUGGACAAGAUUCUGAGGUUGCUGCUUCACAAGAAAAUAUACCCCCAAAGUUCUAGUUCAACAUUGUCUAUUAUGAGAUACUUGGCGAAUAGGCAUAUGCCCAAAUCUGACAAUGAAGAUGAAGUAAAUGAGAAGGUGACGGAAGGAAGUAAAUGGGUGAAGACGGAUUCUGAAUACAUUGUUCUUGAGAUAUAACUUGCCUCCCAUGGCCUAUGCGAAAACAUUACAAGAUACUUUUAAUGUAAGGCCCAAACUAUAUGCUUUGGAUGCAAGAAUUCAAUUAUUCAGUAGGGAGCUGAAAAUUUUGUCACAUCUUCCAUUAACAAUCCCAUGAAAGUUGAUGAACGCAAGAACCACAUAUGCAGAGUGUCUAGAGAUCGAAGGCUACAUGCAAAGCAAGUCAUGUGUUGUUCCCUUGCUAACCGGUCUUCCAUUUUUUCACAUGGUUGGAGGUGUGAUACCACCAAAAUGAUAUCUAAGUGUUGGAAGCGAUUUCAGGCCUAGGUGAAGCUACCAACAUGUAGUAGAACUCUUAAUUUGGGGGGAAAAGGAGUAAAUGAACUAGGCAAAAGAUUAAAGAAGUGGUAUCAU